UAAUGUGAUAUUUAUUGCAGUUGAACAUAGUCGAAGGAAAGAUGCAGUACCUAUUUGAUGAGGAUGGCCGUCGUUACCUGGAUGCUUUCGGUGGCAUUGCAACAGUUUGCUGUGGGCACUGUCAUCCAGAUGUGGUUGAAGCCAUAGUAAACCAGGCGAAGCGGAUCCAGCACUCCACAGUUCUAUAUCUCAAUCAUGCAAUUGCAGAUUUUGCCGAGGCAUUGGCUUCCAAAAUGCCUGGUGAUCUGAAGGUUGUUUUCUUCACAAAUUCAGGCACGGAGGCAAAUGAGCUUGCACUGAUGAUUGCACGGCUUUACACCGGUUGCAAUGACAUUAUCUCUCUUAGGAAUGGAUACCAUGGGAAUGCUGCUGGAACAAUGGGUGCUACUGCUCAAUCCAAUUGGAAAUUCAAUGUUGUUCAGGUAGGUGCCCCUUCUAUUUUCUGUACCGCAAUAAGAUGCCAAAAAUUUACAUAG